UUUGCAAAGGAUGUCUUGCCUUACAGCGAACAAAAGGACGCUCUGAAGAACUUAGUACAGACGUACUUGGCCACAUUCGCGGAAUUAGGGAUCGAGACAUGGCUCAUGCACGGUUCCCUGCUAGGCUGGUGGUGGGGACAGAAGGUCCUGCCCUGGGACACGGAUAUCGAUGUCCAGGUGACGGAAGAGAGCAUGCACUACCUGGCAUCGUACUACAAUAUGUCGACGUUCCACUACAAGACGUCCCGUAUGCCAUAUGGAAAGUACUAUAUGCUCGAGGUCAACCCGAACUACAUCAACCGGGAGCAGACCGACACGUCCAACGUCAUCGACGCGAGGUGGAUCGACACAGACAGCGGCAUGUUCAUCGACAUCACCACCGUGAGGUACAACCUGACGCACCCAGCGGGCGAGGGGAUCCUCUCGUGCAAGGACGGCCACGAGUUCAGGGACACU